AUGAAUCCCAAACUCCUCGCUCUCCUUCUCCCCCUCGUUGUGGCAUUCCCAAAUGCCGCCCCAGAGGCCGAACCCCUCCCUGAGGCCGUAGACCUUGAAGCCCGAGACUGCAACUACUCUGUCGGCUGGCAUUGGGCACCGUCAGUGCCCGGUUUGAGCGCCGCCACGUGGUGGCCUAAACGAAGCGUGGGUAUGGGUGGAACACGAGAAUUGAGGAAGAGUGGUGAGGAUGAAUGCAAUGCGCUGGACUACGGUCGCUCUACAGCUGGACACAACUUUCCGAUAUGGGACACUGCAUGUGACUUUCGCUACCAGUCCGGAAAAUACUUUGGUUUUAGCAGGAGACAAAAUGUUAGUAUGCCAGAGAGUCCAGAGCUCAUGUCGCAUGAGUGGCGGGAUGGCAUUGCGGUUUGCAGAAGUCGGACUGAAUAUUACAAAAGUCUAUGUAAAUCACUCUACACACCACGUCUCAUCAUCUUCUCCUUUCCCCACUGUACCAUCGGCGACAAAGUCCUCGCAAACCUCUCACCCUACCUCUCCGUCGCCGACAUCAUCCUCGACUGUGGCAACGAACACUACGCCAGCUCUGAGCGUCGGCAAAAGAAAUAUGCUCCCUCUGGCAUCCACUACAUCGAAUGCGGCGUGUCAGACGGGUACCAAGCGACACGCGCUGGAUCAUCUAUAUGCCCUGGCGGCGGCGAGUCCGCUAUCAGCAAUAUUCUACCGUUGUCAGAGAGGGUUGCAGUGAAGUAUGAAGCCUUGUGUACGAGGCGUAGUACUGUACGAUUGGGCGAUUUUGAGGCCUGUACGGGUGAGAUUUUGUGUACGUUCGUACAACAGGGAGGAGGAGCGGUAGGUAGACGCAAGAUUAAGGUCUAA